UGUUAUUCAAAUUCACGACAGGAAACUAAUUUGUGUUUUAGUUUAACGAAACAACUUAGGUGAACAAUUAGACAAAACUCAUGCUCUAUGUAAUGGCGUCAAAGAGAAAUAGUUUGGUGUUAUGUGCUUUACUUUAUGCAUCGUUCAUCACAGCUGACGGUUGCCAAAGCGGAUCAAGAAGAAAAAGAUCUGUAGCGGAAGCUCCAGAGGUCAAUAGCGAACUUUCAGAUUUCUUCACCACCUGUUUGCACCCGAUCGUUUCUUUACUUUUCCCUUCAACUAGAAGUGUCGUGGAUUUUUCAAUUCGAGAUACCAUAUGGUAUAGAGAAGUUGAAUCUAAUUUGUGCACCGGAUCCGACGAUGUUCAUGAAUGCUGGAUUGGUGCUGUGUUGUUUUUGAUAGACACGGGAUCGGUGCUUUAUGAACCUACAAAACAAUGUAUAUGUGAUUGGGCGGACGACUGCCCCAGAGAAGUCGCUGCCGCAUACCGAAGGAAGCGUCAGGCUUGUGUUAGUGCUGCGCCCAGUCAACACUUUCUUCUGACGGAGGUUGAUUUGGCAUUUUCUGAAUGCAUCGAUAAUGAUCUGGAAAAUGAUGCUGCUCUUCUUAUCUCAUACCCAUCACUCAACCACUAUGACGGAGAAUCGGUUUCACUGUUUCUAGUUGGGCAUUAUUCGUAUUGCAGACCGACAGUCAUUUCCAGCUCCAGUUUUGAUUUCACAAAUGUUGAUGAAUUUAUACAGAACACCCUCCCCACCUUAUGCCCUCGUUCUGGUGAAAAUGCAGCUUGGAGAAGCAAUCUUGUUGACACUAUGGGAGAAGUUACAAGACAGGACAGUCCCGUGUGGGAUUCGUAUACAGUUUGUGUAACCCAACUUGCGUCACAAGGUGACGUGGCAUUUGUAGGUAACGGACCAUGUAAUGAUCAAUUUGCUGGCUGUGAGGAAUCGAAGUGUUACAUAAGAAGAAUUAUGUACAUCGAAUGCCGAAAGACAUGUGCAGCAUGUACUUGAGAAGCAUACAUAUAUUCUUGGAUGACCUCUAAAUUAAUAUUCAUGUAUUUGUACACAAGCACGUUAUUUUUUACGUAUAAUUUUACCAAAACACAAAUUUGAUACUAUAUGUAUGGUAUAUUCUUUGACUAUCUAUAUUUCGGCUUGUAGCAUAUAUUAAAUAAAUAAUUAUAACAUGGAUUACCGUAUUUUUUUCUUUUUCAUUCUCUGAUAUCAGCUAAGAAAAAGUUCAAUAAAUCACGUUUGGUUUAGUAUUUUCUAAUGUUCUGUCGUAUAUAUACUAUACUAUAGAUCAUUUCAGUCCUCCCAUAAGAAACAUAUAAUAAUUGAGGGACUUAUACAUUUUUGCAAGCUAUAACUUUUACUUAACAGUAAUUUUAUUGGGACUAAAUAUUGUACUAUACAAAAGGAUUGAAUCGAGGGCAUUGAUUUUAAAAUACAUCUCUAUUGAGAUAUUACCUGGCACUUGCUUGUGUAAGUUUACGCUAUUACACAACUGAGAUUUAUCCACUGAUAACGAAUAAAGCUUUAGUUAUGAGGGGAUGUCAAGCACAACACCAGGCGAGGAUAAUAAAUCCACAAUUGUUACUGUA